AUGAAGAAAAGCCUCGAAGCAUGCCACUUCGCCCCUUGCAUGCACACCGUCUCUCCCGCCUUCCAAACCCUCUUCGACAAACUCCCAGGCCAACACACCUGCCCCUCCUGCCUCAUCAAAUCCAUCAUCCACACGCUACGCUGCGCCCGAACGGGAAUCGGGCGGCGCGGUGGAAUCUUCGUGUCGAAGGAGAAAGGUCAGGCUGACCAACCUAACAGCACGCGCAAAGCAAUCCGGAAUGAGCAGGUAGACCAUGGUCGGUGGACUGACCUCUGGGGUAUGGCGAGUGUGCAAGGAUUUCGGGUUGCGGAGCUGCUUGAAGGUUUCAUUGAGGAAGAGGGUGAUAGCGAGAAAGAGAAGGAGGAUGCGAAGAGGGCGGUUGAGAUAUGGAGGGAGUUCAGGAGGAUAGCGAUGGUGAUGCCGGGGAUGAAAAUCGAGGGUGAGGUGGAUGUGGAGUUGUUGACGAAGUAUAUCAGGUUGAUGGUAGUGAAGUUGCUCAGGGAGGUUGAAGAAGAGGAUAGCAAGGGCGUUCCGGUGGAGAAGGUGAUCAGCAAGGAGGUCGAAGAGGAAGACUCGAAGGUGGCUCCGAUCGUGAGGGCACAUUCGCAGCAGUCCAGUGUUGAAGGCAGUCCAGCGCCUGGUCUUGCUGGUUUGCGGUCAUGUCUCAAACGCAAACACACUUCGGAUGCCAUCAAUACCAAGUCAAGAUCCAAAAAGCGCGUCACGUUCGAUAAAUACGCGGCUGUCUCCUCAGACCAUUACAAUAUCAUCGCACACCCCUUCUCGCCGACUCUUCGCAAGCAACCUACCAUCGAAUCUCAUCGACCCAACGCAUUCCGCGAGACUCGUGACCGGCAGAAACUCAUGCGGCGCACGUCAAUGCUUUACAAACCUGGACGGUGGUCUUCCCCAGCGGGAUACGAGAAGCAGAAUACAAGCUGGAGAGGGACGGAAUGGUGGCAUCUUGUUGGACCCUUCGGAGUAAUGAAGGCGGAUGAAGAAAAGUGGGAAGCGCAAUGGAAUGAGGGUCUGCGGGUAGCAAGCGUCUUCAAGGAGAUUUGCGAUACUUGGAUGGCGAACAGGAAGUCACUCGAGGAGGAAGACCCCAGUGACGGAGCGAAGUGUGGUAGCAUGUGA